AUGGGACGACUUGAGCCCUUAACAUCCCUAGCACUAGGGAGAUCUCCUUACGAUGAUGUCGUUUUAGGGGAAGGAGAGCAAGACCCUCAUGAGCCUGAAAAGCAAUACGACGGGACAGGGCGUAUUGUGAAUCCCCGAACAAAGAGGAUCAUCAAGGAUAUUAUUCGCGCCCACAAUGAAGUGAUGCUGGUCAUAGGAGUCGCCGAACCUGAGAAUAAUGGCAUCAGCCCGGCCGACAUAGAAAUUACAAGGCAGUAUCACGAGUAUGAGAGUGACACAGGACGAACGUUAUAUCAAGCCGGUACAACUCUUGGUAUAUUAGGCACCUGGGGUGUUCUCAAUAUCCGACGACGCAUUCUGAGGCAAGCUAUUCCGGAAUCACCAACUUUGGGAACAUCUGAUAGGGAUGUUAGGCCUCAGAAUUUAGAAUCUGAUGCUACGACUUCGCUAGCUUUAGAUGUCCAAUCCAAUGGUGAAACGGUUCCCGUCGGCUCAAUCAGGCGACAAAGCACAUUUUCAAGCCGAGGCGGGGAAGAUUACGGGACCGAUGAAGAAGACUCUGAGAUGGUCAAUCCUACAUUGAUUAGCUUUGACGUGGAUACUAGCGAAUCUACGGAACCGCCUACUGGAGUCUGGUCAGCGGAGCUACGGCCGAGUCUUCAGGGAGACUCUCGUCAGCAGCCCAAAGAAACACCUCGCUAUAUCGUAAACCCCCUUACCAAGCUGCCUAGCUCAUUUGCAGCUGACAUACUUGCUAAUUUCAUUACAAACAUCCUUUUCCUGCCUAUUGAUAUAUAUGCAUUCCCGAUUGCUGCACGGGCGCUUGCAUAUAGGAGAGGCCUCCCUUACGAGGGUAUGAAUAUUGGAGGCGGUGUGACAUGGAGUGGAAUCUUCAAUAUCGUACAGCUGGAUGUGGUUAAGCUGCUCAUCUCUGGCGAGAUCUGGGCUUUUACUACUAUAGUUUCGCAGUGGUUACAUGUUACCGAGGAAGAGUGGAAGGAAAUACGCAAGGAAGAAGACCAAGAAUGA